AUGGGUCGUGUUCGUACCAAGACUGUGAAGAAGUCCUCACGCCAGGUGAUCGAGAGGUACUACUCAAAGAUGACCUUGGACUUCCACACAAACAAGAAGAUCUUGGAAGAGGUUGCAAUCAUCCCCUCAAAACGUCUCCGGAACAAGAUUGCUGGGUUCUCCACUCACCUGAUGAAGCGGAUUCAAAAGGGUCCAGUCAGGGGUAUCUCACUGAAACUGCAGGAAGAAGAGCGUGAGCGUCGCAUGGACUAUGUACCUGACCAAUCUGCUAUCAGGACUGAAGAAAUCAAGGUCGAUAAGGAGACCCUUGACAUGCUUGCUGCUCUUGGCAUGGCUGAUCUUCCUGGGGUAUCUGAAGCUGAGCCACAGGUUAUGAUCCCUAGCCAAGGUUAUGGACGGGGUCCACAGGGUGGAAGGAGGUUCUAA